CGUAGUGUAUGAUCUUAUAGACAGAAUCUAUAUCAAAAUUGUGAUUUACUAUCUCUUAAAUUAUUUGGUGUUUGCAAAACAAAUACUUAAAUUGGAAUCAUCGUAAAAAGGCAAGAGGCAUUUUCCAAGAAAUUAGGGAUAUUUUCCGGAAGAAUACUUACAUUAUCUCGUAACGUUUGUAUAAGGAAGGUUGAGGCGUAUUGCCGAAUGCUGUGAUUAUUGAAACAUUUUGACUUCAAAGAUUGACUGACCGUUUCUGGCACAUGACUUGGACGUGACCUAUUCCGUCAAACUUUGGUUGACCGUGUACAUUAGGACAACAAUGUAAUCUUUCUGUAUCACAACACGUGUAAAGAUUGAACCAGACACUACAAACUAGUCACGCGCACAAAGGAGUGAGUCUAACACCAAAAUCUGUAUCACAGCACGUGUAAAAACUGAAUCAGACACGAGAAGCUGUUCAUGCGCAUAUAAGAGUGCGACAAACACCAAAAUCUGUUCCAAAGUGCCGAGAAACUGAACCAGACUCAGGAAUCUGUUCAUCAUGAAUGUAUUCGGCGUAACUUUGGUUACGCGUCCGCUUUGUUUGUUAGUUGUGGUGCUUACCAUAUUUGGACAUGUGUCGGAAUCGGUACCUCUGUGGAAUACAGGUUCGGACAGUAAUACUGUGCCCGUCCCGCCAAAUCGGAUCAACUCCAGCCUGGUCUACAGAUGGUUGAUCCGCCUGAUGAGCCGGAAAGACCUGUACUCGUGGAUUAAUUUCCAUGUUCAUCCACAUUUGACACCGAUGUCCAUGAAAAAAGGGCCGACGACUCCCGUAACAGAAUUGUCAGACGGCGAGCUACAGAUACAGCGCGAUACUGAUGAUUUUGGCACUGUGCCGUUCGUUUCUUCCGGUUCCAGUAAUGAGGGCGAUGCUACAACCAGUGGUCCUGCUUUGAUCGUUGUACGGGAUGUGGACGAUACUUCUACGACACAUCCGUUCACACAGUUGUCGACUGCAAGUAUCGUGCAAAAUGGCAUACCAAUGAUUAUAUUAUCGGGCAACAAAAAUGUCGACAGGAUCGGAGAUGAUUCUAAAUCGACGACAGCAGACGAUUCCUCUACUCCGCAAAUGAUACGGGAUACGUUUGAUGAUACGCCUGUAGCGGGAGUCACAAUGAGUCCUGCUGGUGAGGGAGAUAAUCCUAACAUGCCCUCUGUUCCGGUUAUCGUGGACCCUGCCGGAAGUACAGAUGACGGUUCUAAUUCUAACAGUGACACAACGGACAAUCCGGACACACCGCUAACCAUAGUACGCGAUAAGGAUGGCGAGUCAGAAACCCAGACGAGUAAUAACGACAGCCCUGCCUCAUCGUCGUCAUCACCAACAUCACAAUCAACGUCAUCGUCGUCUGGUUCUACGUCAUCGGGUUUACUUAUGCUGAACCCGGCAGAUAUGUUAAAUCAUGGAUUUGGGAAAUGAUGUUCUUAUGAGUUAUUUUUGCUGCGUGAGAUUAUACGUUACCGGGAAGGUAACCUUUCAGUUAAAGACCAUGAAGUAAACGAUAUGUUUACUGUCAUAUGAAGUCAUGAAGUAAACAAUGAGUUAUCCUUUCAAUAGUAUGAAAUUUUGAACUGACACUAUAUAUGUGAUUAAUGAACUGAUUGGAUGAUGUUAUGCUAUGACAAGAAGGACUAAUUUUCGUUAAAUUAUGACGUCAUGAAGUGAACUAUUAGUUAUUUCUUUAUAUGACCUUAUGUAGUGAAUGAUUUGUUAUUGUUUUAAAAUAUGACGUCAUAAAGUGAAGGAUUUGUAAUGGUUAAUUAUAUGACGUCAUGAAGUGAACGAUCAGGUUUUUUCAAUUGUAUGACGUCACGAAGUGUACGAUUCGUUAUGACGUUUAUUGUGAACGAUCCGCUAUUCCAUGUCCUCAUUAACUGAAGUUCAAAAGAGGCAGUUUGAUUUUAUGACGUCAUGAACUCAUGAAAUGUAUUGUCGCUUUUGAAAGGAACACCAUAUACAGGUGACCGAUAAAGGCGCAAAUAUUCCUAGUCAUAACCGUUAGGAAAAUUCACAAGACUAAUUAAUUAAUUUAUCAAUAAUAGUCGGUUCCCGUUUUCGGGAAGCACAUCAAGAAAUUAAUUCAAGAUAAACCCUGGAAUUAUUUGUUUACAUGUAAAAUCAAACGUAUAUGAAGAACUAUUUUGGUUACAUUUAUCACGCCAUAUUUUUCUCGCGGAAGGAUACAUCGACGUUUGUGUCCGUUCUCACCAUUACCGUCUGUGGUCUACGUCAUCAGAACAUUAUAUUAGUGUCACAUAUUUCUAUAUUUAUUUUUCAUAUGAUAUUUAUAAAUAUUAUGUCUGUACAAUGUUGUGGGGACACACUAUGCUAGUGUCCUGUUUAUAUAGAUUCCCCUCAACAUUAAUCUUUCGUACUUACCAAUAUUUUUCUCGUCAUAUCUCCACGUCUGUUUUCAUGUUUUGCCAGAUUGUUUCUUCACAAGAAUCCAUUGAAGCAGAACGGUUUUCCUCUUUCAGUUUCCAGUAAAUGAAAAAAAAAACGUACAUGCUCGUCAAAGUUAAAAACUUAGGUUAAGUUAGUUUAUUUACCGAUCCAGGAUCUAUAAAGAUUAACUCUGCACCGGAACACUGAUAAGAAAAAGAGUUACCUUAGUGAGGCCUAGAUAGUUUGGUUUGAUUAACCUCUCUCUCGGCUUGCUCAAUAUCGUGACUUCAUUUAUCAGAAGCACAUUUUGUAUAUGAAGUCCGAACAUUAUUAGCUAGUGAUUCCGUAUUCAUCAUUGUUAUUAUAUUUCGACUGUCGUUUACCUACAUAUAAUUUCUUAUAAGGGUGGCCAUCAUUCCGAAACACUUUAAAACGGCGUAUUUUUUCGAUCUACCGCAUGACUACUUCAUUAUGUAACACAGGCCCUCAUUUCGUCUGAAAUGCCAAAAGGCUGACCACGACAAGGAGUAGUUCCUGUCAAAUAAUUAAAGUACGUACAGAUCUAGAUAAUUAUGAAUUUGAUACUACAUUUAAUUUAAACAAAGCGUAACACAGCGUAAAAUUCAAUCUUUACAGAAAAAAGAUGGCACGUUUUCUUCUGUUUAGCAUAGAAAGGAUGACUUCUGACAUAGUUUGUCUUUCCGCACGAAACUUAAGUAGACUACCUAUCUUUUUGGGGCUCUGAUAUUACAGUAUGAUUUUUUAAGUUUUUAUAUAAACACUGAAUGUUUUAUAUGUAAGUUUGUUUGU